AUGGAUCCCCUUGGGAUACACGAUAACUCGGUCUCGGCCUUGGAAAUAGACGAGUUCUCAAAUUUGGCGGACGAGUUUGGUCAAUCUGGUGGAAACGAGGAACCGCAAGCCCUGCCUAGAUGCUGCCUAUGUUGCUUCAAGUUUGAGCCAUAUGACUCUAUCGUCGUUUUGAACCCCAGGAAUCCUAACUUGCCCGGUCCAUGGGCGGGUGAGUACAUGGAGCCAGAGCGCAUUGAGCCGACUGGCUUGGAAUCUGCAAAUCAUCGCCGUCUCUUUGAGAAAGGUUACCACUCCGAAUGCGUGCAUCUGGUUGCAAAGGGUCUCCCUUUUGGUGACUCCGUUCAUCGUGCCAUCCGGGACGGCACCAGUUACGGAGUCGGCUAUACUGAACUUCUUCCAUCCGUUGAACCAGCCCGUGUACGUCGAUUGAAGGACAAGUUUGCUCAAGAGUUCAUGGCUAUCGUCGGACAUCGUCUUCCCUUCGAGAUCUGUGAGAUUAUUGGCCGCCAUUGCUUGAGCGAAUACGCGACGAAACUCAUUAACGACGUUUGGUCGAACAAAAACUUUGCGGGGCCUCAGCAUGCCUCCCUCCGGGUGACCGAGUCAAGUUCCAUCUGGGUACAGCACGUUGAGUUUGAGGGUCUUCAGUAUAUCAAGUCUCUCUCCACCACUCGUAAAAGCGAGAGUGACACGAAGCUCUUCGAGUCUACCCCUGGCAUCCUUGUCAGCAUCUACUUCGCCGAAGACUGUCUGGGUAUCCGUGAAGUUGCCAUCACUCGAGAUGACCAUACUCCUUCCCUAAAUCAAGAUAAAGACUUGAGCUUCAAAUACAAAACAGAUGGUCUGAAGCUACGUGACUUGGCCAUCACUAAGGGUGAGGAUGCAGAAGCCGACUACCGACAGAGGCGCUGGGCUGCUCUGCUUAAGGACCUAGACACUUCCCAGCUCGACCCGCGUCCACCAAGGCGCGUCUUUGGAGUGUCAGAUGAGGGUACCCGUGCAGUUGACUGGAAUUUACCUGGAUGCCGUGGUUAUUCCGUUCUCAUAGAUGACUACUCUAUCUGUGACAUAAUCUCCCACAACAUAGGCGGGCCAUCUUCACAGUUGGCGGACGUGAGCAACAGACAUAAAGGUGAUUGGUUCUACGUACCCGUUGAUCGAGGCGAGCGAAUCGCUGAGCUUUGGCUUCGCAUCGAAGAUCACGGCAAUACGUGGGGUUCCUACAAUUCUCUUAUUAUACGAACAAAUACAGGCCGGAGCUUUGUUCUGGGUUAUAGAAUUAGCGGAGAGGCCAGAAAGGUCACCUAUCGACUGAUCACUACGUUGUCGCCGAGCGAUCCGUCUCGAAUGCUAUAUUGCAAGACCAAAGAAUUGAAGUUCUGGCUGGGCUUUGAACGAGAAACGACUUGGGAACAGCACGCCAUCGUCAUUCCAUAUCGAAAUCGACCUAGACCUGCUCCUUUCCUACUCAAAGAGCUCCUCUCAUCGAAUGCUGAGCUUCGGGAUGUCAGGGCAGUUGCUGUAUGCCGAAAUUGGAGAUACUCUAAGGAUGCGGGAAUUGUCGGUAUGCUCAUUACAUACGCCGAUGGUCAUCAACGAUCUCUCGGGCAAACCCGUCUCGAUCACAUGGAGCCGCCUCUCACGGUUUUUUCGGGAAAGAUCUGGCUCGGUAGUGACAAGUCAGAAAACAAACCUCUCACUGAGGGCUUCUGGCUGUUGGCAAACAAGAUCAAGUGGUUUGAGGUGGAUAAACCUCUAGGGAAUAAGAACCGGCAGUACCUUGAGAUACCGCUUACAGGCUCCCUUGAAUGGGAAAGCCACUCGAUCGGGGGCUAUUGGCAGCACAAAGUGCGUCACCGUGAGAGCAGCGAACUUCAAAAUGAGAUGGAUGAGGUCCUAGCCCGUGAGGCUGAGUCUGGAGGACGUCGUCGCGGAGUAGUCAAAACGUUCUCUGUGACUAUUUGA